AUGUGUGACAAACGUCGCAGCACCCUAUUUUCUUUUGGAAUUGUUAAAAAAGUUAAUGGUAGGCAAAUUAUUCAGUUUACGUGUAAAUAUAAAUUUGUGAAGCAGUCGUUUAGAAUAGUUUUCAUUUUCAAUACUCAUGAUUUAUAUUUUAACAAACAUGUUUUCAAUAUUUGUGCUGGUGUUUUUGAGUAACUUUAGGCUUUUACACAGUCUAUUCUGUGUUGUUUUUCCACGAAAUAAACAAAAUUGAUACUUUUAUGUGUUCUAUCGUCGCUUGCAACUAAGGAUGAACGGUCGCAGAUAAAACAUUGUCUUUUCUUAUGACAAAGUUCAAUGUUUUACCGAGAAACUGCAAUGUUUGUGAUGAUCAUUUGAUGGUUUCAAUUCGCUCAGCUAAUCAGCUUGGAGCUGGUUGAACGUGAUUGUCUGAUCUGAUUAAAACCUGUCAAGUGCUCUUGACAAACUUUGAAGAUUCUCACGCGAAAAUGCAAUGUUUUUAUGAGCGACCGUUUUUCCUUAGUUGGAAGCGACAGCACUGCUUAUUUGCGCUUCGCUAUUUUGGUUUCAUAGAAACUCUUUUAAGUUUUAAAAGUGUCUUAUACUGUACUGUCUUAGUAACUUACAUUUUAGAUAACUAUUCACCAGCAAACGAAACCUCAGAACCAAAGGAAAAUGUAACUGAAGGCGAAACUGAAGAACAGUCACCAAAUGCUAUUUUCCAGUCGUUAUCUUCCCAGAUUCCUUUUCAGAAAGAACCUCAACCUGGCCAACCGGUGAAAACCAUUAAGUCAAACCCAGUUCCAAAGGACGAAGUGAAGUCGCUCCUAAAUUCGUCAUUUCGUAGUAAGGAAAGUUUGCAUAGCUUCUACUGCUGUGCAGACAAAAACUGCACAAACACAAGUAAAGAAGAAACUGUGCGAAUCAAAGCCAAGGACAAGUUUCAACAUGCCUGGAUUUUCGACGGAAAACUUACCUACUGUGAUAAAACUGGUUAUCAUUGA